AUGAAGGAACGACCCGAGAGACAGCCGAAAGAGCCCGACGAAGGAGACCCAGAAGCGAAGAGGCCGAGAAGAGACCCAGCGAAGUGCGCCGAAGAGCGCCGAGAAGGAGUACCCAGGAAGCGCCGAGAGCCAGAAGGAGACCAGGAAGUCGCACGAAUUAGGCGCCGAGGUGGAGACCCAGGAAGUUGCCGGAAGGCCCGAGUAAGGAGACCGCAGGAAGGUCGCCGAAGAGGCCGAGAAGAAGACCAGGAAGCUCGCCGAAGAGCCCUGAGAAGAGACCCAGGAAGUGUCCGAAGCAAGGCCGAGAAGGAGACCCCACAAGCCGCCGAAAGAGGAAGAGCCAUGAAGUCCCGAAGGCAGCCCUAG